GCUCUAAAUCAGAACAUUGUAUUAAUCAGUUUGCAUCACAUAUGUACAAGUAGAUAAUCCAACCGGGUUGAACAAAAAAAAAAAGAUAAUCCAACCGGAUCCAGUGGGAUUUUAAUAGUUUUUCUAAAACCAAUUAUUAUAUAUUCCGUUUAUAAAUCAGAUUGAUACCUGCAAUUCCCCAAGCUUUGACCAAAACACCGUCCGUGUUCGACAAUACAGAGUCAGAGCAAGGCGGUAGCAACGACGGAUAUUGAAUUUCCCACCACGGCUAAAGAUGGGCGAUUUACUCGAUUGGAUUAUCUCCUUCUUAUUCCUCGUUACCCUUCUCAUCAUCGUGAUCUACCAGCUGACAUGUUUGGCGGAUCUAGAGGCUGAUCACAUAAACCCUUACGAUUCAUCUACCAAAAUAAACCGAGUGAUUCUACCGGAAUUCUGUUUGCAAGGACUUCUAUGUGUGUAUUAUGUCUUAACUGGACAUUGGUUCAUGGCGAUUUUGUCUCUUCCCCACCUUUUCUACAACAUUAGACUAUACAUGAAAAGGGAACAUUUGGCAGACGUUACAGAGAUGCACAAUACAAAUAAAGGGGAGCAAAAGAAACGACUUUACAAGAUUGGUCAUAUCUCUCUCUGCACUUUUAUCACAUCUUAUUGGUUGAUCCACUCGGCAUUGGGAGACAUCUAAGGCUUGAGAAAUCAAAUCACUGUACUUGACCAACUUUUAUUUCUUACGUUUUAAUCACCGAUUCUUGAUGGAUUUUGUUGACCACGACAAAUCUGUAUGUAGUUCUUGAUUUUUAUGUUUGUUUUUUUUGUUGUUUGAUUAUCUUUUUUGGUUUUCUUUUUAGUUCAUUACACAACUCGUAAAGACGUUGAUCAAUUGCUUAAACUUUUGAAACUAACGUUGAAACAGUUUUUGGAAAGAAACUCUUGACCCUUGGAAUUUAA